GUACUUAUCAGCGAGAAGGGGGAAUCUGUUCCCCCGGAAGCGGAAGUUCAUCUACCGUGAGAGCGAGAGAAACGCCGGAUAAACGUGCAGCACAAUGAGUCUCCUAAACAAGCCCAAGAGUGAGAUGACUCCAGAAGAGCUCCAAAAACGGGAGGAAGAAGAAUUUAACACAGGGCCAUUGUCGGUCCUCACACAGUCAGUAAAGAAUAACACACAGGUCCUCAUCAACUGCAGGAACAAUAAAAAGCUGCUGGGGAGAGUCAAGGCUUUUGACAGGCACUGCAACAUGGUUCUAGAAAACGUGAAAGAGAUGUGGACAGAAGUACCUAAGAGUGGAAAAGGAAAGAAGAAAUCCAAACCAGUGAAUAAAGACAGAUACAUCUCCAAGAUGUUCCUCCGAGGAGAUAGUGUCAUUGUGGUGCUCAGAAACCCACUGUUGGCUGGAAAGUAAAUUUCUUCAAACCGUUCCCAUAGGGAUUAGGUCACACCUUUGAUGAAACCUCGUUGUAAUGGACAGUAGAGGUGACUUGAGCUGAAACAACUGCCAAUUCCAUGAAGUGCUUUGAUUUCUGUACAUCUUCCAAUGUCUUCUUUCCUCUACACACAUCGUUUGCAGGUCUCCUCUCAUGGGUGUGACACAAAGAUGCCCAAACUUACUUAUUUUUUUUGUUUUGUUAUGUUUUGUGUUUUUCUAAUAAACAUAAAUUACUCAGU